CAGAGAAAGUCUGCAAUGAAAAAUCUGAAGGCUGGCUUCCGAAGGCUGAAAGCAGAGAUGCAAGAGAUCAGUAAGGAACAACAAAGCAUCAAGGAAGGACAAAAAUAAGUGAGAGAAAAACUUGAAGACAUUGAAGCUGAAUGUGCACAACUCAGGAAGGACACGGACCUCAUGAUCAGGCAGAGUGCUGCGAACAAGCUUAAUCUGUGUCUCAUGUUCAAAAUCCUUAAGGCCCGUGAAGAAGGGGAUUUUCUUAAGGCCACCCAGCUUGCUCAAUUGCUUCGCACAAUAUUGAGCAGGCAGAAUGAGCAAAGGCAGGGAUCAAUAUAAUGGACAAAUGCGGGACAAAGGUAGGGAUCUAUAUGAUGGACAAGGAAUAAUAGUCAAUAGGAUUAAGUUGUUGUUAUUAUGUUCUAUCUAGUGAAACCAGGUGCUGUGCUGUUCUGGUUGUCGUUAAAACUCUGUGUUUUUCAUUUUAAGUUUUGCUGUGUUGAAUUGCAAACUUAAUAUAUGUUGAACUUUAUU